CCUUUUCAAACCGAGGAGAACCCUGCAUCUUUGUUUGAAAAAAUUGGGCAAAUUGGAGAAGGAACUUAUGGCAAGGUUUACAAAGCCAAAAAUUGCAAGACUGGUCAUCUCAUGGCUUUAAAACGAAUCCGAAUGAAGACUGAGAAAGACGGGUUUCCUAUUACUGCGAUGAGAGAAAUCAAACUAUUGCAAGAAUUGAAACAUGAAAGAAUUAUAGAAUUACAACAGAUUAUGGUAGCCAAAGGCUCAGUUUAUAUGGUACUUGAAUAUAUGGACCAUGAUUUGGCCGGUAUAUUGGGCCAUCCGAAUUUCAAAUUCCAAGCCUCGCAUGCAAAAUCGCUUGUCAAGCAAAUGUUAGAAGGUCUUGCUUAUAUUCACCACAUGGGUAUUUUACACCGCGAUAUAAAAGGAUCCAAUCUAUUGAUUAAUAACAAGGGUGAAUUAAAGAUUGCGGACUUUGGUCUCGCUCGAGUAUUUCAAAAAAACAGAACCCAUGAUUAUACCAAUCGAGUUAUUACAUUGUGGUAUCGUCCACCAGAACUUUUGCUGGGUGCAACAGCCUAUGGACCUGCUGUUGAUAUAUGGAGCGUAGGAUGUAUUAUGCUAGAGUUUUUCACUGGAAGACCAUCCUUCAAUGGAACCGAUGAAAUUUCUCAAUUGGAUUGUAUUUAUAAAACUAUGGGAACACCUACAGUAGAAACAUGGCCAACUGUUACUACACUACCGUGGUAUGAGCUCAUUAGACCCAAAGAACAGUAUCCAAAUCGAUUUAAAGAAGCAUAUGCAAGUCUACUUUCGCCUGGCGCGCUUGAGUUGGCUGAGGCUUUACUAUCCAUGGAUCCGCAGAAACGCCCUACUGCUGCUGAAGCACUUGAAUUCGAUUAUCUUAAGACCGAACUACCUGCACCAGAACCACCAGCAAAUUUAUUAGAUGUGAAUGGUGAUUGGCAUGAGUUUGAGUCGAAGCAACGAAAACGUCAAAAA